AAAAUUGACAUUUAACCUUUACUAAUUUGUGUUUCGAAAAACCUUCCUUCCACCCUCUCUGCUAGUCGCCGGAGCCGCGGUGAGAAACUGUUCUCGGAUUUUCUUCAAAAUUGUUUCUUUCCUUCCCUUGUUUUCUUUAUUUAUCUUUUUCUUUCUUUCUUUCUUUUUUGUAAAAGAUUCUGCUAAAUUUUCUAUCAACGUUAAAAGAGCUCCCUUCUUUUCUGUGGAAAGGGUUAAUCAGUGAUCUUGCUCGACUUGGCCAAUUCUUCAGUCCGCUCCCUUCUUUUAUGGGAUUUCUUUCCAAUAAAGGCAUCAACUUUAGGAAUUUUGAGAUUGCAGCUAUUUAUAUGGGUGAUAAUUUAGAGUUUUUAUGAGACUUCUUUUUGUGGUUUUGCAGAAUUUGGCCUACCGGGGCAAGGAAGAAGAGGAAGCUCAACUUGACCCUAUUGGGAAAGAACCCAUCACUUGCUGGAAUUAUUCAAGACUUCGUAAUAGUUUUGCUUCAAAAGAGGAAGCUCAGCCUGACCCUAUUGGUAAAGAAUCCAUCACUUGCUGGAACGAUUCAAGACUUCAUGAUAGCCUAAUAUCUGCAGAAUUAGGAAAGUAAUGAUCUAAAGUAAUGCAAGAAAUGAUGUUAGAUUUAUAGGGUUAGUGAGUGCCCUUGAAGUCAAGUGCUAAUGCUUGACCUCAGCUACUUAAGGCAACCCCGUUCUUCAUGGAUGGGAAGCUAACCACACUGAUGCAUUGUUCCUUCCUCCAGAGGUUGAUAGCCUGUGCACUAAAAAAAAUAUUUUACGGUUAGUAUUGCUCAUAGAUUUGUUUUAGAUCAAUUUUGGUUUCAACAUUUUUGUUAAUGGAUGGAACUAUGUUCUAUUUGACAAAAACUUGUUUAUGGUGGUGUGGAGUGAAGAAGAGACCUUCAUUAUUCCAUAGAUACUGCUUUCUUUUGCUCCAGUUUUUUUAUUUUUUUGGCUUUGACAUACAAAUAAUAAUACUAGAAUGUGCAAAAGCAACAACAGAAACUCUUGAUGCAUCUGCAAUGAUGGCAAUAAACAAAGCAAUGGUUAUCAAUAAAGCAGACAAGACAAUGGAAGAAAUCCUGCAGCAAUAUGAGAACAUUAGAGAGAUCAAGGAGGCAUUGUCAUCACCAACUGGAGUAGCAACUGAUUAUGAUGACAUACCAUUGUUGCAAAUUCUUACUUGAAAAGCAAAUCUUUCAAUUGAAAAAGUUGAUAAUUAAUUCAUUGAUUUUGAUUAUUACAAUAUGAAUUGGAAGCUGAACUUGAGGAACUCAAACUAUCCAAUUUGGAGGAACUGCCGAUCAUGCAGGCAACCAAAACAGUUGUUUCUCCCAGGAGAAACAAAACCAAAGAAGAAGAUCUGGGGGUUUUACAGGCAGAGAUGACAGUCUAAUAGGUUUUCUUCUCCUCUUCCAUUAUAGAGUUCAGAAAGGAAAGUGCCUGAAGAUGAGGAAUGGGUGUCUAUGGGAGAUCUGGCAACACAGGCUUUAAUUCAUUAAAAUUUUCACUGUGAAGGGAGGGAAGAAUGGAAACAAAUGAAUUGAAGGUCCCAGGUGAGUGAAAAUAGUAUCCAAGUAUUAUUAUUUUUCCUCUAUGAAAAGAUUGUAAAAAAUGGGGAAGGAGAUUGUGCUCUUUUUUUUUGGAAUAGGAGGUUCACUUUGAUAAUGUUUAUAAUUUUUUCUGAUGAAGAUUCUACCAAUUCUUUUCCUGGAAAUUGGUUGAGUUCUCAGGAAGUGGGUAACUUUUUUCCUUGAGUAUAUGGAUGAAACUCUAAUGUGGAAACUUCAGUACGUGUACAUGCAUUUUUAAAAUUGCAGAUAUUGAAUUGGAUGGAGUGGUAAAGAAAGCGUGACACAGAAAAUAGUGUGACAAGAAGAGAAACCA